CUCACAUCCCAGAGCGAGUGGCAUAGUUCAUCCCAAGCCACCAGAGUUGCUCCUACUUAUAUCGACCAUCCUAUUCAAGACUUUACCAUGAAGUUCACUGCGUCCCUCUUCGCGAUCCUAGCCGCCACAUCGGUCCUCGCCCAUGGGGUCUCGCCGGCGUCAGAGGGCGAUCUCGACGCCUUAACAAGCAGAGCCACCGAGUGGGGCAAGUGCAACGGAACCUCCUGCAAGGUUAAUGGCAAGAACUAUGGAUGCACCAAGGGAAAGUGUACUGUUCAGAGUGGCGGUGGCGAUGGAAAAGCGUGCUCCAAGUUGGGCGGUUCUAUCUGCUGUCCUGGCGGAAGGAUGAAGGGCAAGAAGUGCCCUUAA